AUGCACGGCAAACACUCAUCGAUGGAUAGUCUUCCAGGUAUAACUUGGCAAAAUCCUUCAGCGGAGGAACUUCAGGGAAGUUCAUUAUCCCACUCCAAUCCAUCAUCAUCGCCUUUUGAUAUGAUGACAGCGGCUGCUGCAGAUUCGACGGAGUGCUCAAAGGCGGAGACGACAACGCCGCCGCUCACGCCGCCAUCGGAAACUGGACACGUCCACUGCCAUGCUACUUGUCGGAUCAGCCCAGUUGCGCCAGGUGUUCAGAUAUCUAUUGACGUGUUUGCCCUCCACCAUCUCAAUGAUGAUCAUCCGCAACGGCCAGCCUGGCCCGGCCCGGCGUCAACUCACCUCAGCAAAUCUCAACUAACAUUAAAUUGCGAAGCUACUGAGUCAUCAUCGAUCAGUGACCGUGGAAAGAUCUCAAUGAAGAAUGAGGCUAUGCAAGUUUUUUGCAUCGGAACAGCUGAUACAAAGCUUGCAGAACUUCAAUUUCUGUCCGAAUCUGUUCGUUCCAACAUCGGAAACUUCUCCACUAACUCCUCUCAUAAGGUACUAGUUACAGUGGUUGAUGUUUCUGUUGGUGAGAAGGUGGUAGAUAGUUGUGGUGAUUUUAAGUUUAUAUCAAGGAAGGAUGUCCUUUCUUUCUAUUCUGGGACAGAUAAACAAUCCCCUGUCCAGCUUCCUGAUGACAGAGGAAAAGCCCUUACAGUGAUGAGCAAAGCACUUGAAAUUUUCCUUACGACAUCUCAUAAGGAUCAAGUUUUGGCUGGAGUUGUUGGGCUUGGUGGUAGUGGAGGGACUUCAUUGCUUGCAUCUGCUUUUCGAUCUCUUCCAAUUGGAAUUCCCAAGGUGAUUGUAUCGACUGUGGCUAGUGGUCAAACCGAAUCGUACAUUGGAACAUCAGAUUUGGUGCUAUUUCCAUCAGUAGUGGAUAUUUGUGGGAUUAAUAAUGUCAGCAGGCCUAUCUUAUCAAAUGCUGGUGGAGCGUUUGCCGGAAUGGUGGUUGGAAAGCUUGGCAAGUCUCAAGAGUCUUGCAAGAAAAGCGAAAACAUUACAGUGGGUUUGACAAUGUUUGGAGUUACUACUCCUUGUGUUAAUGCUGUCAAAGAAAGACUGAACAAAGAAGGUUACGAGACAUUAGUUUUUCAUGCCACAGGUGUCGGUGGCAGAGCUAUGGAAGAUCUUGUUAGGCAAGGAUUUAUACAGGGUGUUUUGGACAUUACUACAACUGAAGUUGCAGACUAUAUAGUUGGAGGUGUUAUGGCUUGCGAUAGUUCCCGCUUUGAUGCCAUGAUAGAGAAGAAGAUUCCAAUGGUUCUGAGUGUGGGAGCCUUGGAUAUGGUUAACUUUGGAGCCCGAGAUUCUGUACCUUCUCAUUUCCAGCAAAGGAAAAUCUAUGAACAUAAUAAGCAGGUCACCUUGAUGCGAACUACAGCAGAUGAAAACAUAAAGAUUGCUGCAUUUAUGGCAGAGAAGUUAAAUAAGUCAUCAUCAAAAGUUCGUAUCUGCUUGCCGGAGAAAGGGAUAUCUGCUCUGGAUGCACCGGGUAAGGCCUUUUAUGAUCGUGAGGUUACGGGGACGCUUAUAAAUGAAGUACAAAAGCUUGUGCAAACCAAUGACGACCGUCAGGUCAAGGUUUUCCCGUACCACAUUAAUGACGAAGAAUUCGCAAAUGCUCUGGUUGAUUCAUUCUUGGAGAUCUGUGAGAAUUCUAAAGAUGAUAGGCAUGGUGGAGCAUCUUAUGAAUCUAUUCGAGAUAUCCAAGAUGACGUUCCUUCCAUUUCUUACUCUCUGAGCAACUUUCCGAAUGCAAAACCAGAAACUUUGAAGAGAACGUAUGACAUGCUAGAAUAUUUGAAACAUGAAAUAAAGAUGGGUAGACCUAUUAUUGGGGCUGGUGCCGGGACAGGCAUAUCUGCGAAGUUUGAAGAAGCUGGUGGUGUGGAUCUCAUAGUUCUAUAUAAUUCAGGGAGGUUCCGAAUGGCAGGAAGAGGCUCCUUAGCAGGACUACUGCCUUUCGCUGAUGCAAAUGCAAUAGUUCUUGAGAUGGCCAAUGAAGUAUUGCCAGUGGUGUCGAAGGUUCCUGUUUUGGCUGGUGUCUGUGCAACUGAUCCAUUUCGCAGAAUUGAAUAUUUCCUCAAGCAGCUGGAAUCUAUUGGUUUCUGUGGGGUGCAAAACUUCCCCACUGUUGGGCUGUUUGAUGGUAAUUUUAGGCAAAAUCUGGAGGAAACUGGAAUGGGUUACAGCUUGGAAGUGGAAAUGGUGGCAAAAGCUCAUGACAUAGGACUCUUGACGACUCCCUAUGCUUUCAAUGUGGAUGAAGCACUGGCAAUGGCAAAAGUAGGUGCUGACAUUGUGGUUGCCCAUAUGGGGCUCACAACAUCUGGAUCAAUUGGUGCAAAAACUGCUCUGUCAAUGGAUGAAAGCGUUGAUCGCGUCCAAGCUAUUGCAGAUGCUGUCCACAGUAUUAAUGCUGACGCAAUUGUGCUAUGCCAUGGAGGUCCUAUAUCUGGCCCUAAAGAGGCCGAGUAUGUACUGAAGAAUACACAUGGAGUGCAUGGAUUUUAUGGCGCAUCAAGUUUGGAGAGGCUUCCAGUAGAGCAGGCUAUAACAUCCACAGUCCAGCAGUACAAAGCAAUCUCGAUUAAGUAA